CAGACUGCAGACUGCACUUUUCAGAACCUCUGACACUGUGCGCACGCCUGAUCUGAUUCGCGAGCGCCAGAUUCCAAACGCGACGUCCCUUCGUCCUCCUUUUCCCGCAUUCUGGCAGCCAUUCCCAGCCCCCAGUUCCAGCCCAGAGUGUGAAACCUGACAACAGCAAAUGCCCUAAAAGCUUGUCUCAGAUCUGCGUCAGAAGCGCCCAAAGCCUCCUGCUUGUGUUUGACGCCCUAGCUGCCUAGAUAUACAGCUGCUGUUACACCGCUACUGCACGCGCUAACAAGCUCCAACACAACGUACAUCCACUCUUUGGGCUUGAACUGGCAUCGCACGCUUGACUUGCAGUCCAUAUGCGCUGAAAUUUGCAGAAAACAAGCGUCCGUUCCUUGUCAAAGUGCUUAGAUUUUUAAAUUAGUUGCAAGUAUCUUCUGACAGUUUCUAGUUGGAUAAGGCAUGGCUGGGAUGAGGGUCUCUUUUGCUCUUGGACUGCUAGUUGUGCUUUGCUGCGCCUCAAGUAAAGCGGUGGCAGAUCAAACAAAAGGACCUGGAGUCAUUUUCACAAAGGCGGGGAUUGUUUGCGGCCCAGCUCUUCUUUGCGUAAACGAGGCGGAGUGCGAUGUCGUCCCUUCAGGGCCCAUCAACAUUUACGCCUGCAGAUGCCAAGACGGGUGGACAGGAACCAACUGCACUGUGCCAGCACCAAAAGGCUUGAACCUGCCCAAUCAGAUUGGAGCACCGGUUGCGGCCGGCACCCUGCGGUACCGGUUGUUUGGACCUGACGGCCCUAAUGUGCUUGCAAUUGUUCUGGGCACAGUCGCCGGUGUCAUCUUCCUUAUCAUCGUCGGCGGCCUGGGUUGCUUCUUCUACCGCCGGUACAAGGUCAACCGGGGCCCCCUCAAAUUCGUCGAGUUUAAGCGCACCGACUCGAUUGUGGCGGAACUUGCGCGGGCGCAAAGCAUGGACAGGAAGGAUACCUUCCCUCAAGCGAACCAAGUCUAGUACCGCAUUCUUUUUUACAAUUAAUGUCGAGACGUAUUAUACGGACAUGAAAGAGGAGUCGUCCACGGGUUCGGGUGUUUCUAGACGUGUUGCUUUUUAUGUUGGCGGGCCCCAACGUUACGGAAGUAGUGGCGUGGGCGUUGCGAAACACCCUUGCGUUGUUUAGUACUGGAGACAUUAAGGGGCGCUAAAAGUAUGGCAUUGCCUCGAUUGUAGCCUCGAUACGUGCUGCUUGCAGCUUGCCACUUGGGUAGUUGCAAGCGACUACGGUAUCAUUUAUUCGCACGGUUUGCUGAAGGUUUGGUCGAACAGCCAGUCGUAGAACCAUUGUAGCUCUGCAUGCUCGUCAGUAGUCUAAGCUGAGCAGCCUGCCAUACGUAGAUCAGUGCUUGCAGAGGCAACUGUAACAUUAUCAUCACUUCUUCUAUGAGUAUUUUAACACUGAGAGCUGAUUGGCUUUGAACCAUUUCUAAAGGCUCAAUUGCCAUCUGUUGGGCGAAUUCAACAGCAGUUUUCACGCGCUCUAGACCGAACCUAGUAC